GGUUUUCACUAAAGAGAAAUGCAUUUAUGUUGACAAUGUAGGCAUAUUAUGGAAUCCACCUACCCAAGAAUUUGAAAGAGGCUGAUAUUGCUCGCAAAAGGCUUAUAUUUGAUGAGUUCUUUUAUAUUCAGUUGGGCCGUUUGUUUCAAAUGCUUGAAGGUCUCAGUACAGACAUAGAGAAAGAGGGGUUGUUGGAUAAGUACAGGAAGCCUGAAAUAAAUGCUGUAUUUAUGGAUGAAUGGUCCGAUCUCACCAAGAAAUUUCUGAAGGCAUUGCCUUAUUCACUGACUUCUAGUCAGCUAACAGCUGUUUCAGAGAUUGUUUGGGAUCUUAAGAGGCCAGUUCCCAUGAGUCGACUUUUGCAGGGUGAUGUUGGGUGUGGGAAAACAGUGGUAGCUUUUUUGGCAUGCAUGGAGGUUAUUGGUGCAGGUUAUCAGGCUGCAUUUAUGGUUCCAACUGAAUUGCUUGCUGUCCAGCACUACGAGCACUUUCUUAAUUUGUUAGAGAACGUGGAGGAGGUAGCUUAUAAACCCUCUGUUGCUUUGCUAACAGGUUCAACCCCUUUGAAGCAAUCACGGAUCAUUCAUCAGGGUAUCCAGACUGGGAAAAUCUCAUUGGUAAUUGGUACCCACAGUUUAAUAGCAGAAAAAGUGAAAUUCUCAGCUUUACGUAUUGCGGUGGUAGAUGAGCAGCAUCGUUUUGGUGUGAUCCAGAGAGGAACAUUUAACAGCAAGAUGACCCAUGGAAGUUCUUUCCUGCAGCUAUACUUUAACUCUGUAAGUUCAAGAAUGGCUGAGACUAGUUCAGACCACUCUAUGAAGGGCAAUGUCUACAUGGCCCCUCAUGUUCUUGCUAUGUCAGCCACUCCAAUUCCAAGAACGCUUGCUUUAGCCUUGCAUGGAGAUAUGUCUUUGACCCAAAUAACUGAUUUACCACCUGGGAGAUUACCUGUUGAAACUUACAUCAUUGAGGCAAAUGACAUUGGGUUCGAGAGGGUGUACCAGAUGAUAACAGAUGAGCUGGAAGCUGGGGGAAAAGUAUAUUUGGUAUAUCCAGUCAUUGAGCAAUCUGAGCACCUGCCUCAACUACGUGCUGUUUUAACUGAUUUUGAGGCCAUAUCAAGUAGGUUUGAGGGUUACAACUGUGGGUUGCUACAUGGAAAAAUGAAAAGGGAUGAGAAGGAUGAAGCGCUGAGACAAUUUAGAUCUGGAGAACUAAGAAUACUAUUUUCUACCCAAGUAAUUGAAAUUGGUGUUGAUGUCCCAGACGCAUCUAUGAUGGUUGUUAUGAAUGCUGAGAGAUUUGGAAUAGCACAACUUCACCAGCUUAGAGGACGAGUUGGGCGUGGAGUAAGGAAGUCUAAAUGCCUUUUAUUAGCUUCUACAGCUAGUGGCAUAAGCCGGUUGAAGGUGAUGGAGAAGUCAUCAGAUGGUUUUUAUUUAGCAAAUGUGGACCUUCUACUACGUGGACCUGGUGACUUGCUUGGUAAGAAACAGUCAGGACACCUUCCAGAGUUUCCUAUUGCCAGGUUAGAGAUCGAUGGAAAUAUUCUACAGGAAGCACAUCUUGCUGCGUUGAAAAUUCUAGGAGUGUCUCAUGAUUUGCAGAAAUUCCCAGAAUUGAAAGCUGAGCUUAGCAUGCGACAUCCACUUUCCGUGCUCGGUGAUUGAGGUUUUUUUUUGUUUAUCUUUCCAGACUCUUGGUGCUGCUUUCUCUUUGUUUGUACUAAUCCACGCGUCCUCUCCUCUGUACUACUGUUGGAGGGGAGGGGACAAAGUGGGAGCCAUAUAUAUAUAUAUAUAUGUUUAUAUUUAAUGACAUGUAUAACAGCCCAUUUGGUUGGUUUUUC